AUGGACGUGCCGUCGCGACACUACCGAUUCGAGGUCAUCUACAACCUGCUGUCGCUGCGCUUCAACUCCCGGAUCCGCGUCAAGACAUACACGGACGAGCUGACGCCCAUCGAGUCGGCCAACGAGGUGUUCAAGGCGGCCAACUGGUACGAGCGCGAGGUUCGCUACGACGAUGAGGCCAAGCGCGUGGUGGUGGAGCCCGUGGAGCUGGCGCAGGAGUUCCGCAAGUUCGACCUCGAGUCGCCUUGGGAGCAGUUCCCGGCGCACCGGCUGAAGCCCGCCGCCGAGGAGGUGCCGCUCGACAAGUAG